AUGAAUGGCUUUGAAUCCAAGGGCCUCGAUGAGGAUGCCUUUGGGGAAAAGAGCAAUCUAUCAGGACUGAAAACUUUUGACGCUUUCCCUAAAACAAAAGCCUCCUAUACAACUCCAACUCGUCGUGGUGGCCAAUGGACCGUCCUGAUCCUCAUCAUCUGCACAGUCUUCAGCCUCUCGGAACUCAAAACAUGGUGGCGCGGUACAGAAAAGCACCACUUCAGUGUGGAGAAGGGCGUUUCCCAUGAACUCCACCUUAACCUUGACAUUGUGGUCAACAUGCCCUGCGAUACUCUUCGUGUAAACAUCCAGGAUGCCGCUGGCGACCGCAUUGUUGCGGGGGAUUUGCUUAAGCGCGAAGAAACGAGCUGGAGCCUGUGGAUGCAGAAGCGGAACAAGGAUAAACAUCAAUACCAAACGUUGUCCCAUGAGGAAGAGGAUCGGUUGUCUCAGCAGGAGGCAGAUGCGCAUGCGCAUCAUGUCCUGGGUGAAGUGCGGAGGAACCCUCGUCGGAAGUUUGCGAGGGGUCCAUCUUUGCGUUGGGGCGAUACUGUGGACUCUUGUCGCAUCUACGGAAGCUUGGAGGGCAAUAAGGUCCAGGGUGAUUUCCAUAUUACGGCCAGAGGCCAUGGUUACAGGGAGUUUGCGCCUCAUUUGGACCACAAUACCUUCAACUUUUCCCAUAUGAUCACGGAACUCUCCUUCGGUCCUCACUUCCCAACCCUCAUGAACCCUCUGGAUAAGACCAUUGCGGAGACAGACGCUCAUUAUUAUAAGUACCAGUACUUCCUCUCUGUUGUGCCCACUCUUUACACGAAGGGCCGAAGUGCUUUGGAUGCGUAUAAUCGGGCUCCGGCAUCUGCUACCGCCCGCGCUAAUCGCAACGCUAUCUUCACAAAUCAGUACGCGGCGACUAGCCAGUCUGACGAGAUUCCCGAGACCCCAGUUCUUGUUCCGGGUAUCUUCUUCAAGUACAACAUUGAGCCGAUCUUGUUGCUUGUCAGCGAAGAGCGCGGGGGUUUCCUGGCGCUUGUGAUCCGAUUGAUCAACACCGUUAGUGGCGUUCUUGUUACUGGUGGUUGGCUUUAUCAGAUCUACGGCUGGGCUGGAGACAUUGCUGGUAGGAGGAAGAGACAGCAGUCCGAGGGCUACUUAACGGGCAACCUGAAGCCUUAUUCAGAUUGA